CCCGGAGGCUCCCGGAGGCUCCCCGAGGCUCCGCAGUGCCGCCGCCGUCGCCGUCGCCCGGGAGGCUCCGCGCGGGAGCCAUGUAACCCGCGGCGGGCUCCGGGCUGCUCCGUCCUCGCCCAGCUCCCGGGCCAGCGCGGCAGCGGGGCCACGAUGAAGAAGCAGUUCAAUCGCAUGCGCCAGCUGGCCAACCAGACGGUGGGCAGGGCAGAAAAGACUGAAGUUCUGAGUGAAGACCUGCUUCAGGUGGAGAAGCGCCUGGAGCUGGUGAAGCAAGUUUCCCAUAGCACGCACAAGAAGCUCACUGCAUGUCUCCAGGGCCAGCAAGGGGCCGAGGCCGACAAGCGUUCUAAAAAGUUGCCUUUGACAACACUGGCUCAGUGUUUGAUGGAGGGGUCAGCUAUCCUGGGAGAUGACACACUUCUUGGGAAGAUGCUGAAGCUCUGCGGAGAGACAGAGGACAAGCUGGCCCAGGAGCUGAUCCACUUUGAGUUGCAGGUGGAGAGAGACGUGAUUGAACCCCUGUUUUUGCUGGCCGAGGUGGAAAUCCCAAACAUUCAGAAGCAGAGGAAACAUUUAGCCAAGUUGGUGCUGGACAUGGAUUCUUCACGAACAAGGUGGCAGCAGACUUCCAAAUCUUCAGGUUUGUCCAGUGGCUUACAACCUGCGGGUGCCAAAGCCGAUGCCCUCAGGGAAGAAAUGGAAGAGGCUGCCAACAGAGUGGAGAUUUGCAGGGACCAGCUAUCGGCAGACAUGUACAGUUUUGUGGCCAAAGAAAUUGACUAUGCAAACUACUUUCAAACGCUCAUAGAAGUGCAAGCAGAGUACCACAGGAAGUCACUGACACUCUUGCAGGCUGUGUUGCCUCAGAUAAAAGCACAGCAGGAGGCCUGGGUCGAGAAGCCUUCCUUCGGGAAGCCCCUGGAGGAGCACCUCAUGAUCAGCGGCCGGGAGAUCGCCUUCCCCAUUGAGGCCUGUGUGACGAUGCUCCUCGAGUGUGGGAUGCAGGAGGAGGGACUCUUCCGCGUGGCACCAUCUGCUUCCAAGUUGAAGAAGCUGAAAGCUGCCCUGGACUGCUGCGUGGUUGAUGUGCAGGAAUACUCGGCAGAUCCCCAUGCAAUUGCAGGAGCUUUGAAAUCUUACCUCCGAGAGUUGCCGGAACCUCUUAUGACCUUUGAACUCUAUGACGAGUGGAUUCAGGCUUCCAAUAUUCAGGAGCAAGACAAGAGGCUUCAGGCUCUGUGGAAUGCUUGUGAAAAAUUGCCCAAGGCCAAUCACAACAACAUCCGAUACUUGAUCAAAUUUUUGUCCAAGUUAUCAGAAUAUCAAGAUGUAAACAAGAUGACUCCCAGUAACAUGGCAAUUGUGUUAGGACCCAACCUCCUGUGGCCACAAGCGGAAGGGAAUAUCACAGAGAUGAUGACCACAGUUUCACUGCAGAUCGUUGGGAUCAUCGAACCCAUCAUCCAGCAUGCAGAUUGGUUCUUCCCUGGGGAGAUAGAGUUCAACAUCACAGGGAAUUACGGGAGUCCCGUGCACGUAAACCACAACGCCAACUACAGCUCCAUGCCCUCCCCAGACAUGGACCCUGCUGACCGGCGCCAGCCGGAGCAGGCCCGCCGGCCCCUCAGUGUCGCCACGGAUAACAUGAUGCUGGAGUUUUACAAAAAGGAUGGCCUUAGGAAAAUCCAAAGCAUGGGCGUGAGGGUCAUGGACACGUCCUGGGUGGCUCGAAGAGGCUCCUCGGCCGGCAGGAAGGCGUCCUGCGCCCCGCCCACCAUGCAGCCCCCCGCGCCGCCGCCCGCCGAGCUUGCCGCGCCUCUGCCAUCGCCCCUCCCGGAGCAGCCCCUGGACGGCCCCGCGGCGCCCUCGCUGUCGCCGUCGGGCCUGGGCCUCCAGCCCGGGGCCGAGCGCACCAGCACUGCUAAAAGCAAGGAGCUUUCUCCAGGAUCUGGGCAGAAGGGGAGUCCAGGCUCCAGCCAGGGGAUGCUCUGUGCAGGGACGCAGCCAGGGGCACAAGCAGGCGCCAGCCCCAGCCAGCCGCCCCCAGACCAGAGCCCUCACACUCUUCGGAAAGUUUCCAAGAAGCUGGCGCCGAUUCCACCCAAGGCCCCCUUCGGCCAGCCGGGGGCAGGGACGGACCAGUCGGCCGGCCAGCCGUCCCCGCUCAGCCUGUCCCCCACCCCGCCGAGCACCCCGUCGCCCUACGGACUGAGCUACCCGCAGGGGUACGCCCUGGCCUCGGGCCAGCUGUCCCCCGCCGCCGCGCCUCCCCUCGCCUCCCCCGCCGGCUUCGCGGGCGCCGCCGCCAAAUCUCGGCCCACCCCCAAGCCCCGACAGAGACCCACCCUGCCGCCCCCGCAGCCCCCCACCGUCGGCCUGCCCGCCCCCAGCCCGCAGUCCGCGGAGCACCCGGUGCUGGACGGCAUGGCCCCCGGGGAGAGCAUGUCUACAGAUCUCGUCCACUUUGACAUCCCCUCCAUCCACGUAGAGCUGGGGCCGCCGCUCCGCCUGAGCCCCCUGGAGCACGCGCGGCGACACUCGGUGACAGACAAGAGGGACUCGGAGGAGGAGUCUGAGAGCACCGCCCUCUGACCCGCGCCACCCCGCCCCGCGUGUACAUACUGGGCCCCACCCCUGCCCCCUGGGCUGGCCGCGCGCCGGCUGGAGCCCUGCACGCCGUGCGGAUCGCUGUCACCUCCGGCCUGCGUGGCCCGUGUUAGGGCCGACCUUGUUGUUCCCUUGGGGUGGUGAUUUUGGCCUUUUGUUUGAUCUUUGCCUUUUGACUUUGUGCCUAUUUUGAUCUACUUUCAGCCUCCGUGCGGCGCGGCACCCGUCCGCCCCAGGGCUUCGUGUCAGCAAGGUCCUCUGCGGGUGUAGGCUGGGGGUGCGCGGGAGGGUGAGGGAGGCCGAUCGCUCGUCCCACCUGCAGCGCAGAGUUCGGGCCCUGACCUUUGCCCGCUGCACAAGUCGGGGUGGGAGUGGGUGGCACCCCGUGUAAAUCAAGGCUGCCCUUAACGCGUGGGCUCUAAAGUCAAUGGCUUAAAACAAAAUUUGUUCCACUUUCUGAUGGUUUGAGUUUUCCCUGACCGUGUGACCGAGCGCUCCUGUCAUCACCACCUUUUUCUACUUCUGAAUUUAAAAGACGGUCCCGAGGGUGUUGGGGGCCCAAAGAUCGCACCCCCCCCCCCACCCCCAGCAACCUCCACCGACGGUAAUUCCGCAGUCUCCACGGGCUCAUCGCUGGGCUGGGGCGGCCACAGGGACUAGCAAUAAACCUGUUACCUGGAGGAUGGGAAGGCGGCCUGUGGAGACCCAAGGCGGGUGCCACCGGCCCUGCAGCGCGGCGGGCUUCGCUCAGCAGUGGCUCAUCACCCCCUCUCCGCCCUUGGGGUGUCCCGUCUGUCCUUGGGGAGCCCAGUCACACUUGGGGAUGAAGGGAGCGAGACACAGGUUCGGGUCAUGCAUGCCAAGUCAGACUUUCCAAUUUUAUCCUUUUAAAAUAGAUGCGAUAUACCUAUACAUGAUAUAAUAUUUGUACAUAUGAAAUCUAUAUUUGUUUAAUUUGAGCCACUCAAACUAAACCAAUGUAUAGGUGUACAAUGAGAAAUCUAAAUGCUUAGUUAUUUUUUCCCAACACAGUGUAAAAUAACCCUGCCCUGAUGGUGGGAUUUGCCAACUUUUGGUGUUAACAGCUUUGCUCACUUCCUGGCAAGGACGGGUCAGUACCCAAUUUGUAACGGAGCCCAGGGGUCGAAAGAUACCUUUAAAUACAUGUACAAAUAGUUGUCAAAAGUAAUGUUAUUAAAAUAGAUUUAUUAUCCCUGA